AUGGAUAACAAUAUAGUAAUAAAAAAAUAAUGGUUCAUAAAAUCUUCAACAUCGAAAAUUGAAGAUGUUUAUGAAUUUGAUCAUAAAAAGGUAUUAAAUAGAAGUAACAUAUAAGCUACUUGGUUAAGGGACUUAUGGUUAGGUUGUAAAAGCUAAAUUAAAGGGUUCAAAAUAUUUUAGAGCUAUCAAGAUAAUACCAAAAAGCAAAGUUAGAAAUCCUGAUCGUUUUAGAAGAGAGAUAGAAAUAAUGCGAAAUUUAGUAUGAAUGAUAGAAUAUAAUAAGGAUCAUCCAAAUAUCAUAAAAUUAUUUGAGACAUUCGAAGAUGUUAGAAAUGUGUAUUUAGUAAUGGAGUAAUAAUAAUAAUGAUAUUAGAAUAUGUGAAGGAGGUGAAUUAUUUGAUAGGAUAAUUGAUAAAGGUCAUUUUUCUGAGAAUGAAGCAAGAAUAACAAUUUUAUAAAUAAUGUAAGCUGUAAAUUAUUGUCAUUAAAAUGGAAUUUGUCAUAGAGAUUUGAAACCUGAAAACUUUUUAUUAUUAACAAAGGCUGAUGAUUCUCCAUUAAAAGUAAUAGAUUUUGGAUUAUCAAUUAUCUUCCAUGAUAAUCAUGUUUAAAAAUUAAGUUAAGGAAAGGUUAGUAUGACAACUAGAGCAGGAACACCUUAUUAUAUAUCUCCUGAAAUUUUAGAUGGUAAAUAUGAUGAAUCUUGUGAUAUAUGGGCAGCUGGUGUUAUAUUAUAUAUACUUUUAUCUGGUGUACCUCCAUUUUAUGGAAACACAGAUCCAGAGAUAUUGGAUGCAGUUAAAAAAGGGAUUUUUACAUUUAAUAGUAUAUAUAUAUAAUGAUUAUAUUUAUUUAGUUCCUGAAUUCAAAAAGGUUUCUGAAGGUGCAAAGGAUUUAAUUUCAAAAAUGAUAUGCAAACCAGAAAGACGUUUAAAAUCUCAUGAAAUACUUUAACAUCCAUGGAUGAAAUAGUAAUCAGCUCCAGGUUCUUUUUUAAGUGUAAAUUAUCAGUCAUUAAAGAAUUUUACAAAUUUUAAUAAAUUAAAAAAGGUUGGAAUUUAGUAAUAAUUUAGGUUACAUUAACUUAUAUAGCUUCUUAAUUAUCAGAAUAGGAAAUAUCUGUAUUAGGAAAGUUAUUUAAAUAAUUAGAUAAGAAUGGUGAUGGUGUAUUAACAAUGGAAGAAUUAACUAAUGGUUUGACAGGUAUGAAGAAGGAAUCAUAAAAAGAAAUUAUGAGUGUUAUAAAAAGUAUAGAUACUGAUGGUUCAGGUACAAUAAAUUAUACUGGUAAUUAAUAUAUCUAUUAAUUAGAGUUUUUGGCAGCUACAAUAGAGAAAAGUGUUUAUAUGAAAUAAGAGAAAUUAUUUUAAGCAUUUAAGAUGUUUGAUUUGGAUGGAAGUGGGAAGAUAUCAAGAGAAGAAUUAAAAUAAGUUUUAGGAUGUAAUUUAAAUUAUUGAAUUCUAGAAAAUGGCUCUGGAUUUGAUGAUAAUAGUUUUAAAGCAUUAAUAGCAGAUGCAGACCAAGAUGGUGAUGGAGAAAUUGAUUACAAUGAAUUUAUAGAAAUGAUGGAUAAAAUGAAACCAUGA